GUGUCCAAGGCGGCCGCGGAGCUGCUGAGCUACUGCGAGGCUCACGCGUGCGAGGACCCCCUGCUCACGCCCGUGCCCACCUCCGAGAAUCCUUUCCGCGAGAAGAAAUUCUUCUGCGCCCUCCUCUGAACGCCCCCCCCCCAAAAAUUUUGGGGACCCCCCCUCGCAUUUCGGGCCGCCCCCGUGAAAUUCAGGGCGGAUUUCACCCCAAAAAUGAGGUGGAAAUGAGGGGGGAGGGGGUUAAUUUGGGGGUCUUGGGGUCCCCCCCACAGCUGGGACCUCUCCCCUAAAUUGGGGACCCCCCCCCAAAAAGCCUUGGGGUGGUCCCAGCUCAGAAUUUGGGGGGUUUUGGGGGUCCCCCCACCCCAAAAAGGCUUCAAGGAUGGACUCAGGGAAGGUUCUGGAAUAGGGGGGAGGGGAGACCCCAAAAAUCACCCCCAAAUUCCCCCU